AUGAAUUUUAACAGACUUGCAAUUGUUACAUUUGCCUUAUUGUUCCUUUCAUUUGGUCUCCUAAUUGGAUCAUACCUGACUUAUUGGACCAAAGUUCAAGUAGACAACCAAUUGGGACCAGGUGUUUUAACGUUCUAUGAUAGUGCCACUGAGGAGAAGAUUGUGGUUGUUGAUGGUCCAAAUGGUGAUCAAGAGAGAAAGAGCACCUCCUGGGAAAAUAUCUACCAGACUCUGUCCGGCCAACCAAUCAACAGACUUCACGAGCGUUCAAUAUUCCGUGCCUCGUUGGCCUUUGCCAUUAUUGCCUGGAUUGUCGAGUUGCCCAUCCUCAUCCUCAUCGGACUGUCCAUCUUUAACGUGUUCAAGAACAAAAAGUUCCGUGUUGGUCUCUGCAUCAGGCUUUUGUUGGGUGCUGCCAUUGCUCUCAACAUCAUCUCUGUUGCAAUCUUUUCAAAGAUUGCUGACUACAGAAAUAAGGAUUGUGUAGAUGCUUAUGACGCUGACAAUGUAAGAUGUACUGGACCAUUCUACAACCAUAUGAUCGGUUCCGAUGAUAAUACCAAGGUUGGAUUGAUGCCUGGAUACCCAUGUGUCAUCUCAUCUACCGCCUUUGUAAUUGUUAGUUUCAUUGUAUCCUUCUUUGCCACUUUCCAGAUUGGCAACGUCCAAUAA